AUGGUUUCCAUAGAAAAAAUACUCACUAUAGCAAUAGCCAUUGCUCUAAUUCUUGUUUCUUCGUCAUUUGCACUGAGUUUCUCAUCAAGAAGGAGAAGAAGAAGGUACCAUCCUGUUGCGGGGACUGUAUUUCAUCAACUCUUCAACUUUAAAAGGUUGCACCAUUUUUGUACAGAGCUCGCGAGCAAGUACAAGACUUAUCGGCUUCUUGCACCCUUUCAUAAUGAGAUAUUCACAGCCGAUCCAAGCAACGUGGAGUAUAUUCUCAAGACCAACUUCCAAAACUAUGGCAAGGGGAAAUAUACCUAUUCGAAUAUAAACGAUCUCACUGGAGAUGGAAUAUUUGCAGUCGAUGGUCUGAAAUGGCGGCAUCAAAGAAAAGUAGCCAGUCUUGAGUUCUCCAGGAGGUCCCUGAGGGACUACAGUAAUACAGUGUUCAAAGCAAAUUCUGCUAAGCUUGCUUCUAUUGUCUCAGAUGCUGCAAAAUCCAAUAGCAUAAUCGACGUACAAGAGUUAUUCAUGAAAUCUACCAUGAACUCAAUCUGCCAAGUUGCAUUUGGAAUGGAACUGAACAGUAUUUGUGGAAAUAGCAAAGAAUUCUCCAGGUUUCUUGAGGCUUUUGACGCAGCGAGCUCACUUAUCUCAUUUCGUUUUGUUGACGUCUCUUGGAAGCUUAAGAAGUUCUUGAACAUCGGAUUUGAAGCAGAGCUCAAGCGAAGGAUUGAAGAAGUCAAUGAGUUCUUGUACAAUAUAAUACGUUACAAAAUCAUAGAAGCAUCAAAAAACCAGAACGUCGCUUUGACGAAGAAAAUGGAUGUACUUUCCAGACUUCUUGACGAGAAGGAGAAAGACCCACAAAACAUAACCACCAAAUACUUGAGAGAUAUCAUUCUGAGUUUCAUAGUUGCAGGAAAGGAUACUAUAGCCGUAACUCUAACAUGGUUUGUUUAUAUGUUAUGUAAACACCCCUCCAUCGAAGCCAAGGCCUUCAAAGAAGUGAUCUCUGUUACUAAAGGAUUGGGGAAAAGUGAAUCAAUCAAUGAAUUCAUAUCGACUUUAACCGAUGAAACACAUGAAAAUAUGCAUUAUCUCCAUGCCGUGCUGACAGAAACUCUCAGACUCUAUCCUGCAGUUCCAAUGGAUCCCAAAAUUUGUUUCAAUGAUGAUGUGUUACCAGAUGGAUAUAACAUUAGGAAAGGCGAUAUGGUAAUAUACUUGCCCUAUGCAAUGGGGAGGAUGAAGUUUAUAUGGGGCGAUGAUGCAGAGCUUUUUAGGCCCGAAAGAUGGCUAAAUGAUGCAGGAGUUUUCUCACCAGAAAGCCCAUUCAAAUUUACUGCUUUCCAGGCUGGUCCUCGAAUAUGUCUAGGAAAAGAGUUUGCUUACAGGCAGAUGAAGAUGAUUGCAGCAGUCCUCUUGCGCUUCUUCACAUUUGAGCUGAGAGAUAAAAUUUCUCCCAAGUACAAAAUUAUGUUUACUCUAAAUAUUGAGAAGGGACUCCAUGUCUGCGCAAGAUUUAGAUGAGAACUCGAAAUUGAUAAGUAAAUGAUGUGUCGUACGCAGAUACAAUCUGUAGUAAAUAUUAUGAUGUAAGUAUAAAUGGUGUAUAUUGUGACUAGCUACUUUAUGGUGACAAGUACGUGCCCUAGGAUUUAGCACGUAAAGCACGUAACACAGCAUCAACAAAUGUUUUUCUCUA